AAGGGAGUGGCGGAAAUGCUGAAUCGUGGAGCACCCAUCCCAGCCAGAUCUCUGGUCUCCAGACACCCACGUCGCAGCUCAAUCCGCGCCAGGCUUUCCUGGAAGCUCAGCGCGCACAGAGCCGCGCCGGCUCAGGCGCGCCGCGGGCAGCCCGUGGGGGCCUUUCCCGCCGCCGGGGCCUUUCCCGCCGCCUGCGCCUUGCGGACCUUCUCUGCGCCCGAGAACAUGGCGGCAGCCGGUUUCGCGGCCCCGCGGGCAAUUCAGCUGCGAGUGUUCACUGAGCGGCUGCUGCGAGGAGGGGUCCGGGAGCUCCUCCGGCCGCGACUUUCAGGGAGCACCCCCGGCUCGGAGCGCGACUUCAGCCUGUCUCACAGUCGGGGCACGGUCAUUGUAGAGCGCUGGUGGAAGGUGCCGCUAGCGGGAGAAGGCCGGAAACCGCGCCUGCACCGGCGACACCGCGUCUACAAGCUCGUGGAAGACACGAAACACCGGCCCAAAGAAAACCUGGAGCUCAUCCUCACCCAGUCGGUGGACGAACUUGGAGUCCGAGGUGACCUGGUCUCAGUGAAAAAAUCUGUGGGCCGUAAUCGACUACUUCCUGAAGGACUGGCUGUGUAUGCAUCUCCUGAAAACAAGAAGCUGUUUGAAGAGGAGAAAUUGCUGAGACAAGAAGGAAAACUAGACAAGAUCCAGACCAAGGCAGGUGAGGCGACAGUGAAAUUUCUGAAGAGUUGCCGCCUGGAGGUAGGAAUGAAGAACAAUGUCAAAUGGAAGCUAAACCCUGAAAUAGUUGCCCGCCACUUUCUCAGAAAUCUUGGCGUUGUGGUUGCCCCACAUGCAUUAAAGUUGCCUGAAGAGCCCAUCACCCAGAGGGGUGAGUACUGGUGCGAGGUGACGGUAAAUGGACUUGACACUGUGAGGGUACCUAUGUCCGUGGUGAACUUUGAGAGGCCCAAAACCAAAAGAUAUAAGUAUUGGUUAGCCCAGCAAGCUGCCAAGGGAGUGGCCUCCACCAGCUUCCAGAUCUGAACCUGUUCUCCCUCGAAAGCAGCGAAGCAGAAUCAGAGGAACGGUGGAGCAGAGAUGGAGCAGCACUGUGAUACCGCUCCUAGCUCUAACCAAGCACGGAAUCUUAGCGUGUGGAGGCAGCAACAGCAGACCGGACUGCACGUAUGUGUUGAAUCGUCCAUAUUUGCCAUCUUAACAGUUAUCACGUUUGGCCUUAUUGGGGAGGCCUGCUCCAGAAGUACAGGCUGUGGAUUUGAUAAGCUAAAUAUUAAUAGACCAAAACAGUCUAGAUCCUAUUUAGCCUCUUCCUUAAUUGGAAUUCACUGGAAUAAAUGGUAGAGCUAGCUAGCUUAUUCUCAUCAUCCAAACUGAACAUUGUAUCUCAGAAAAAAUAAAAAGGUUGUGUUCUUUUUAGGUGUUGUUUACUGACUUGAGUAGACUGGGGACAGGACUUCCAAGUGGAAUGUCCUCUUGGAAAGCCCCUGGAGUUUGCUGCUAAAGGGGGAAAAAGAGAAAACAUUUUUUGGGCUACAGCCCACAGUUGCUAUGGACAAAUUACUCAACAAGCUGAUAUGCCUUAUGGUCUUAAAACUUAUUAAGUAUACUAAUAAAGUCCUCAGUACAAAUAA